UUAAGCAGUGCAAUAUUAUCGCGCUUUCUGCGAACGGUCACCCUAAAUAAAUAAAGACAAUUUCAAGCGUAAAAUAAACCCUAAAAAGUCAAUGAUUCGCUCGAUUUGUGAAUUGUGCACCCACCAUUGAGUGGGCAAAGUGCGGCAGCCGACGAGACUGCCCCCAGGAUCCCCGAGUACCGCCCACGAGCGGAUCGAGAAACGGCAGAGGAGCCGAGGAAGUACAGCAACAAUUGUUAUUUUCGCCGUCGAUUUUCAGGGGGAGGGGGCUACGGACAUCAGCCCCUUCGGUUUCUAAUUGAAUUAAAAGAAAAGGGGGUGAGGCAAUAAUACCCAGGUUAGUUCAAUAAAAGCCAACAGCAGAGCAAUGGUCUUCAUCCGGGAUCCCUGUGGCAUCGCCUGCCUGGUGGUCACAUACGGGGCAGUUCUCUACGCGGACUAUGUGGUCAUCCGCUGGAUCAUCUUGACCACCAUGCCGGGCAGCCUCUGGAUGUCCUUCCAUGUGGUGCUCUUCAACACCGUCGUCUUCCUGCUGGCCAUGUCCCAUUCUAAGGCCGUGUUCUCCGAUCCGGGCACCGUGCCCCUGCCCGCCAACCGACUGGACUUCUCCGACCUGCACACCACCAACAAGAACAAUCCUCCGCCCGGAAAUGGCCACAGCAGCGAGUGGACGGUGUGCACCCGCUGCGAAACCUACAGGCCACCCCGCGCCCACCACUGUCGCAUCUGCAAGCGGUGCAUCCGGCGCAUGGAUCACCACUGCCCCUGGAUCAACAACUGUGUGGGCGAGCGCAACCAGAAGUACUUCCUGCAGUUCCUCAUCUACGUGGCCCUGCUUUCGCUUUACUCCAUCGCCCUCAUCGUCAGCUCCUGGGUGUGGCCCUGCGAGGAGUGCAGCCAGAACGUGAUCGAAACCCAGUUGCGAAUGAUUCACUCGGUUAUACUUAUGCUGGUGUCGGCACUCUUCGGCCUGUUCGUUACGGCCAUCAUGGUGGACCAGCUGCACGCAAUCCUGUACGACGAGACGGCGGUGGAGGCGAUACAGCAAAAGGGCACCUACCGGCCCAACCGGCGCAAGUACCAACUGCUGGCCGAUGUCUUUGGACGCGGACAUCCGGCGCUGUGGCUGCUGCCCUGCACCAGUCUGAACCACGCCUCCCGCUACCACGAUACGCCUCUUCUGAGCCACGAGGUCUAGGGCCAGGAAAUAUUCUUUAUAUUUUGUCCCUGUGUUUAUUGUGCGGCUAAGAGAGCCCAGGAAUGUUUUUAGUUUUUAAUUAUUGUGUGAUUUUUUUAAUCAGCCUCCCCACCCACAGCCAGUCAAAUUCAUUCGUAUUUCGUAUUGUGUAUUAUAUGCAGAUUCCAACUUAAUUUAUGCUUUAGUUUAUAAUGGUUUGAAAUUAUAAAUAUAAAGAAAGCAGCCUAGCGGAGGAAGGAGCAUACUCAAAAUGAACAUGAUAUUUUAUAAGGAACUUUUUGCAACAGCUUGAUUAAAAUGCGUGCGUAGAUCAUUUGUACACCGAUGAACACCAAUGAAAUCUUCGGCCACCCGGGGUAUUUUUUACCAGUAUCCAACUAAGCAGCACAUUCUGAUUUGAGAAGUAGAAAAAUCUCAACGUAUACAUUACUACAUAGCUAUGUACCGAGCUAGGGUAUAAGACCUUACAAGAGCAUUUACGAUAGAUACGAAGAUACAUAGACGCAUAUACCAAAAAUAAAAAAGAGAUCAAACACUCAAACAAUACUGUGCAGCAAUAGUUUGUAAUAAUUGUAAUCACUUUUUAGUUGUAGUUUAUUGUUCUUUUGACAUUUACGACCUUCCACCAGCACUAACAAGAUUUUGAAUGUAACACCGUCUACCACAGUAGUGUCCCUUGAACAGUUCCCAAUAAAGCUAUCCGAUAUGCAUAAGUAA